GUGUGGGUGCAGCAAGAGGUGUAUUUGCACACGUGUCAGCGUGUGGAUGUGCUAAGACUGCAUGUGGAGCGUGUGUGAAUGGAGUGGGGGAUGCGUGGGACUGACUGGUUGGCCGACUGGCCACACUCCUGGCAGCUGUGUCUUUACCAGGCAGGCUCAGGCUGUCCUGCUGCGGUUAGUUCCUCUUUCCAGGAUCCCAGAUCUCAAAUCCUCUUACCGGGGCUCUGACAUUGGGACCCACUUACCGUCCCCAGGCAUCCUGGGCCUGGGGGCCCAACUGUAUCUAUCGUUCACAGUUUGUUCAUUCCUGGUCUGUCUUGUGAGCUUCCUCAGAAGUGUGGGGUGUCCUUGGAUCCGGCCCAUGUUGGGGCUUGGGCUGGGGCCACUGCCUGCCUGCGUGUAAUCCUGUACCCUUUGGUUCGGCUCCCACUCCAGUAGGCAUCUCCGCAUUAUUUGGAGCAGGCAGUGUGGUAUGGCUGUGCCCGUCUCCCUGAGGGCUCAGCUGCCUGGGUCUGUGCUUGCUAAGGGCUAGCUACCUGCCACCUGCUGCCCCAGACCUUGUGGCUGAGGGAAGACACCCCCACUUUGGUGACCAGAUCAAGCCUGUGUUCCCCCUCAGCAGCUGUCUGUACUUACAGCCUGAUUUUUCAUACGCCUACCUUCAGUUUUUCUUAUGCUACUACAGAUGCUGGCCUGAGUUCUGUACUGCGCCGGGGGGCUGUGUUCCCUGUGCCCAGGUCUGUGUCUCCAGAGGGUGUGUCCCCGGGGGCUAGGGCUGUAUACCUUUGAGCAGUCAUGUGGUGGGAACAUCUGAUACUUGCUGGCCAAAGCCUUGGCAGUGAGUAAGGGGCUUUGGUCAAGUGAGUAGACAGGUUGGCCAGAAUCUUGGAGUUGGUGGGAGUGGAUGGGACGUAGUCCCCUCUGGCUCUUGGUCAGUAUGCCCUGUGUGUGUGUGUGUGUAUGUGUGUGUGUGUGUGUGUGUGUGUGUUGCUGUAGCACAGACCCUGGGUGAAGCGACCAGCAGCCAGCUGGGUGUUCCAGACCUGACCUCAUAGAGUGUGGAGGUUACUGCCUGUCUGUCACCUCCAGUGAACCCUGGCAGCCUUGCGCGGUGGCCUGGCAGCCCGGGGGGGUGGCUUUGCCUGCUGGAACCUGUCCUGGUCCCCCCAGCAUUUCUGUGGAGGCCCAUGGUGAUUCUCUGGGAGAGGCGGUUGAGAUGAGGGCCUUUGACUCCAUCCAGGCCAAGGCUGGGGGUCUGUGGCCCACCUCUCCGGAGGGCAUUGGAAGUGGGGAGGAGUUGUGUAGAGUCAGGGUUCUUGGGGGAGCAAGGACCUCAGCCUCUGUCUUACUCUUCGAGCGUAGAGCAGGAGCCCAUCUUUCCAUCCCCUCUGCUUUGGCCCCUUCCAAGUAAGAAGCGUCCCCACCCUCCCAGUGCCUUCCUCUUCACACCGCCCUGCCUGCUCAUUGCCUUAACCCACGUUGACCUCAGAAUGUCCCCCAGCAGUGGGUGGGACUGUAUGUGGGAAGCGUUCGGAGGGUCCCAGGAGUUCAGAUCGUGGUGUUUUCCAGAACACUUGCAGAGGCAUAUCUCUGUGUGCCUUACUGCAGCUGUGGCUAAGCAGGGCAAGCCCCCUUAUCGCUCCUCUAUAGGCAGACUUGAAGGCUCCAGAAGGUCGAGACUUGCUAGUAAUUGGGAGCAGAGUCAGACUGAAAUUCUAGUCCCUCUUCUCCCAAACCUCUUCUCCUGGGCAGUUUGUCCCCAGCGAUAGACCGGGACAGGGGAGGUCUAGGGGGCCAUGAGCCAGUCCUCCGGGCCUCAGGGAGGCCUUGUAACUGGUCCCUUCCUGGACUGAGCCUCUUGCCCAGCUGCCAGCCAGCUCCUUUCCCCAGCAGAGGCCCUGUCUCUCCCAAGGGACCCCAUAUUUGGGGGCCCAGAGGAGAGUGGUGAGCAAAACGAGGCCACUGGGCCGAGGCAGCUGGUGGGGAGCUGUUGGCGUGGUGGCGAGGACGGCUGCUCGCCCUCUGACUCUGGCCAGUGGGGCCCAGGGCACUGUUCCCUCGGGUGCUGCACUGUAAGGAGGCUUAUCCCCUCCCUGCCAGCCUUCCGGCCGUAUCAGCCUGCCCUGCUCCUUCCCCUCGGGGCCCACUUUGGGCUGGGCCCUGGCACUGUAGAGGUUAAAGCUCUGUUCAGUCCAGGGGUUCCUCUAAUCUCCCAACUCCUUCCCUUUGGAUUCCUGUGCUCCCCUGAGCUCUCCCAGCCCCCGGCUUGCCGUCAUCCCGGGGUCUCCCCCACAUGCAGCUGCACUUGGUACAGCCCGUGCCGGCCCCUGAGCUGUCCUGGGGGACUGGCUGCAGCUCCACUCAGCAAACAGGCGGGCAAGGGGCACAGGGCUGCUGGCUGGUGCUGCCUGACUCUGCAGAGGCCCGGGGUGGGCUGGGGGCCCCCCCGCUGCAGUCUGCCCGAUCCCUGCCAGGCCCUGCCCCCUGCCUCAAGCACUUCCCGCUCGACCUGCGCACGUCUAUGGAUGGCAAAUGCAAGGAGAUCGCCGAGGAGUUGUUCAGCCGCUCCCUGGCGGAGAGUGAGCUCCGAAGCGCCCCCUACGAGUUCCCCGAGGAGAGUCCCAUUGAGCAGCUGGAGGAGCGGCGGCAGCGCCUGGAGCGGCAGAUCAGCCAGGAUGUCAAGCUGGAGCCGGACAUCCUAUUUCGGGCCAAGCAAGAUUUCCUGAAGACGGACAGUGACUCGGACCUCCAGCUGUACAAAGAGCAGAGCGAGGGGCAGGGUGACCGCGGCCUGCGGGAGCGUGACGUGCUGGAGCGGGAAUUUCAGCGUGUCAGCAUCUCCGGGGAGGAGAAGUGCGGGGUGCCGUUCACAGACCUGCUGGACGCCGCCAAAAGUGUGGUGCGGGCGCUUUUCAUCCGGGAGAAGUACAUGGCCUUGGCCCUGCAGAGCUUCUGCCCCACCACCCGCCGGUACCUGCAGCAGCUGGCCGAGAAGCCACUGGAGACACGGACCUACGAGCAGGGCCCCGACACCCCUGUGUCCGCUGACGCUCCGGUGCACCCCCCUGCCCUGGAGCAGCACCCGUAUGAGCACUGUGAGCCAAGCACGAUGCCGGGGGACCUGGGCUUGGGUCUGCGUAUGGUGCGGGGUGUGGUUCACGUCUACACCCGCAGGGAACCUGAUGAGCAUUGCUUGGAGGUGGAGCUGCCAUACCCCGACCUGCAGGAAUUUGUGGCAGAUGUCAAUGUGCUGAUGGCUCUGAUUAUCAAUGGCCCCAUAAAGUCGUUCUGUUACCGCCGGCUGCAGUACCUGAGCUCCAAGUUCCAGAUGCACGUGCUGCUCAAUGAGAUGAAGGAGCUGGCCGCCCAGAAGAAGGUGCCACACCGAGAUUUCUACAAUAUCCGCAAGGUGGACACGCACAUCCACGCCUCGUCCUGCAUGAACCAGAAGCAUCUGCUGCGCUUCAUCAAACGGGCGAUGAAGCGGCACCUGGAGGAGAUCGUGCACGUGGAGCAGGGUCGCGAGCAGACGCUGCGGGAGGUCUUCGAGAGCUUGAAUCUCACUGCCUACGACCUGAGCGUGGACACGCUCGACGUGCAUGCGGACAGGAACACCUUCCACCGCUUUGACAAGUUCAAUGCCAAAUACAACCCUAUCGGGGAGUCUGUCCUCCGAGAGAUCUUCAUCAAGACCGACAACCGGGUUUCUGGGAAGUACUUCGCUCACAUCAUCAAGGAGGUGAUGUCAGACCUGGAGGAGAGCAAAUACCAGAACGCCGAGCUGCGGCUGUCCAUCUACGGGCGCUCGCGGGACGAGUGGGACAAGCUGGCGCGCUGGGCCGUCGUGCACCGCGUACACUCGCCCAACGUGCGCUGGCUCGUGCAGGUGCCCCGCCUCUUUGACGUGUACCGUACCAAGGGCCAGUUGGCCAACUUCCAGGAGAUGCUGGAGAACAUCUUCCUGCCGCUGUUCGAGGCCACCAUCCACCCUGCCAGCCACCCAGAGCUGCACCUCUUCUUGGAGCACGUGGAUGGCUUCGACAGCGUGGAUGAUGAGUCCAAGCCCGAGAACCACGUCUUCAACCUGGAGAGCCCCCUCCCGGAGGCUUGGGUGGAGGAGGACAACCCACCCUACGCCUACUACCUGUACUACACCUUCGCCAACAUGGCCGUGCUCAACCACCUGCGCAGGCAGAGGGGCUUCCACACGUUUGUGCUGCGGCCACACUGCGGGGAGGCCGGGCCCAUCCACCACCUGGUGUCGGCCUUUAUGCUGGCUGAGAACAUCUCACACGGGCUGCUUCUGCGCAAGGCCCCAGUCCUGCAGUACCUGUAUUACCUGGCCCAGAUCGGCAUCGCCAUGUCCCCACUCAGCAACAACAGCCUCUUCCUCAGCUACCACCGGAACCCGCUACCCGAGUACCUGUCCCGCGGCCUCAUGGUUUCGCUGUCCACCGACGAUCCCCUGCAGUUCCACUUCACCAAGGAGCCGCUGAUGGAAGAGUACAGCAUCGCCACCCAGGUGUGGAAGCUCAGCUCCUGCGACAUGUGCGAGUUGGCACGCAAUAGUGUGCUCAUGAGCGGCUUCUCCCACAAGGUGAAGAGCCACUGGCUGGGACCCAACUAUACCAAGGAGGGCCCCGAGGGCAACGACAUCCGCCGCACCAACGUGCCCGACAUCCGCGUGGGCUACCGUCAUGAGACCCUGUGCCAGGAGCUGGCGCUCAUCACGCAGGCCGUGCAGAGCGAGAUGCUGGAGACCAUCCCGGAGGAGGCGGGCCUCACCAUGAGCCCAGGGCCGCAGUGAGCCCAGCCCUCGCAGCGCCCCCACAUCUCAGCACCUUGACCAUGUUCUGUCCGCAGACCCCUCCCACCCUGUGUGGUCUCUGCAUGUGUCCAUUCAUCUUCGUUCUGCCCUGCAUGUCUGCCUGUCCCUGUCCCUGUACCACCACAGGGAAAGUGGUACCCACAAUCCACUUUGCCCUUGUCUUGGCUCAGGUGGCACCUGACGGCCCUGGUGUGAGGGCCGCCCUGCCAAUGGCCCUGUCCCAGGAUGCUCUGAAGCCUGGCUGUUCUGUAGGCAUUUCCGUGUCCACAAGAGCUCAGGAUGGUUGUGGGGGGGCUGGUCCCUCUAGGCCUUGGGGUCCUGCUCAGGCAAGUCCAAGCUCUGGCUGGAGCUCAAGUGUAGGCCCCUGUCUUGUUUAUGUGACUCAGGGGCAGCUGAGUGUGGCCAGUACGCGUGUGUAGUGGGCACGGGCUGCAGGGGUCUGUGGCGCUCCAGCAGCCCCGGGGGUGGGUAGAGCUGGCUGAGUCACAGCUCCGGCUGCCUGGACUCGAGCCCUGGAGUUGCGGGACCACCACCUCCACCAGGUCACUGCCCAGCAGCUUUCUCCGUCCUUUCUCUGGUUCACAUGCUCCUCUGGUGUCCUCUUCUUGUGCCUCUGUGGGAGGGGCAGCCACCCUGUGCUGUGUCUGGGGCCACUGUAGCUGGAGGGUCCUGGAUCGGCCACCAGCCCUGGGGGUAGUCUCCCCACUGUGGUCCCCAGAGUUUUGACCAGAUCUGGAUCCCACCUGGUCCCCUGUGUUGAGUUCUGGACCGAGGCCUUUGCUGUGAAAUGCAGUGUUUCAUACAAUCCUGUCUUUCCUAGUGCAUGAGAAAUAAAGAUUAUUUAAGUAA